UUGUAAUAAAUCAUUUUCCUCUUAAUCGUCACAUAAGUAGCCUUUUUAACAGGAUUGGCGUCUGUAGAGCGUAGCUUUGACGCGAUAUACUUUUUAUUCAGACAUGUCAGAAUAAUUAUUAUGAAGACAUUACAGGUUAUUGUAUGGUUUUCUUUUGACGGAACAGUAAGUAGAUUUAUUAGGCUUUACUAUUUAUUUUUAGACGCAAGAUUACUCCAUGUAUUUAUUAACUUCUCUAUGAAAGAUUUAGGAAAUAUGUAAGGACCUAAAUAGAUUAGGAAAAUAAGCGGGCACCAAAAGAUGUGCAGAAAGUUAGACCUUGAGUUAAUGUACAUGCUGUAGGUUGAGUUAGCCCAGAUAAGUAUCGUACUAGAUGCCUAAAUAUUUAUCUCGUCAUAAUUUUGAAUCGAGAAAAUUAAUUAGAUGGUCGGGUUGUGAAAGGGGCUUAACGCAAUGGUUGUCAUGGCAAAGAACAGCAACACAUACCCACUAAUGUCAUGCUACUACUGCAACAAUGCAGUUCGUGAGGGUUACGUGACGUUGUUUUAGUGUUCUAACAAUGGCAAACAAUAUCCUUAGCAAUGGUCGGAUUCAACAACAAAUGACAGUUUCGCAACGGCUCAGAAACGACAAAGGGAAGAAAGCACCGGAAGUGCCAGCCAUAGAAUGCAACAAUUGGUUGCUGCAUCGCCAUUAUACGCGGCACGAGUAUAAAACCUGCAAGAUCUUGAUCGACCAGGAGCUACUAAAUUCAAACGGACACAAUGAAUAUGCGAAUUAUUUGAAAGGGUUGAUCCUCAGGAGGGAAGGAAAAGUUCAGGACUCGUUGAACUGUUUUCAGGCAGCGUACACCGUCAAUUCAACGAACGUUAAUACUGUCAAGCAGAUUGCCAAGUCACUUUUGAUAAUGGGCAGCCAUAAACGAGCAAUCGACGCGUAUCUAGAAGCUGAGAGGAUAUCCAAUAUACCAGACUGGGAAAUUUAUCUGAACCUAGGGGAGUGUUAUGUCAAGCUGAAUGAGUUGCACGAAGCAAAAAGGCAUUUGAAGAAAUCGAUGGAGCUAACUAAGGACGAGUCACCGUAUAUUGCUUUAGCCCGGGUCUACCUUCUGGAGGAUCAUGUUACCGAGGCCCGGAACGCUUACGCUGCGGCUCUUAGCGAGAAUCCCGAGUGCAUCGAGGCCGCGAGCGAAUUGGGUCUGCUCUACCUUAAAACCGGAGACGUUCAACGGGCGUUCCAGCAAUUCGGGACCGCACUCGCUCAUUCCCCGAAUUGCACCAAAGCGAUCCUGCCGGUCGCCUACGUAAUCCAGAAUCACCAGGAGUACGAUGUGGCGCUUUCUAAGUACAAGCUGGCGGCACAAUCGAUCCCGGAAUCGCACGCCUUGUGGAACAACGUGGGAAUGUGUUUCUAUGGGAAACAGAAGUUCGUCGCCGCAAUUACAUGCUUGAAGAGGGCCCACUAUCUGAACCCGUUGGCCUUCAUGCCCGCCUAUAAUCUCGGCAUGGUAUUGCUGACCACCGGACAGCCAGCCUCAGCUGCUAUUUAUCUGUGCGCGGCGGUCAGCGCGGAUCCCAAGAACCCUAUGCCGUAUCUUCUGCUAGGACUCGCAUUGAAACGACUCGACGAUCUGGAAGGCGCUGAAAAGGUCCUGCAGAAGGCGCACGCGCUCUCGCCCCAGGAUCCACUUGUACUAAUUAAUUAUGCGAUUGUCCUGGACGCAGUGGAAAAAAGGAGCAUUGCUACCGAACUCUUGACUGCCCUCAACGACAUCACUGCUGUCUUAGACGUGGAUCAGCAGAUAACGCAGACGGCGAAGAGGCUAUUGACGAAACUUCAACAGGAGAAGGCGUCCAGUAACGAGGGCGCGAGGGUCCUUAAUGAAGACGAAGUUUGAAGCGGCAGAGAAGAAUCUUGAGAAUUUCCAUGGAAACGAAUAAAACUCGCUUACACGCGCGACUAACUCUCUUUUCAAAGAGUUUAUGAAGAUCAACCUACUCCGUGGGAUCGUCUCCUUACCCUCGAUACUUUUUUCCUGCUCCCUUCAGGACCACCGCGAAUCCUUGAAUCAUCCACUGUCAUCCCUCUAGGUGUAGCCAUCCGCGCGUGAAGGGGACCUAGUUUUUUCAUUUAACUUUCUCCGCGUGGACGUGGUCGAUUCGCUUGGUCUCGCAGGAUGUGCCUCUGAAAGUGUCAAGGACUCUCGAGGACAAGUUGUCUGAGAUGGAAAGUGAAUAUGCCUUCGUUACGAGUGCAUACAAAAUUGCUCGGAACAACAUUAUAUUGCCUUGAAGAGCAUUUGUCAAGGUUGGAAUUGAGGUUUUAAGAUUGUCACUGUGUCCUUCUUAAUUGGGAUAACAGUAAAGCACGUGGCAGCAUUUUACUAUUGUGUAAUAGCUGACACAUGAUAAAAAUGAACAAACAAAAAUACUUAAUAACCGAUGCUAAAAUUAUUACGAAAGAAAUAUCUUCGUUUUCGUACUUGAUGUAGACAAUUUUUAUUUUGUAUAAAAAUCUACACUUUCGAGAUUAAUACAAUCAGGAAAUUAUAUUCACAUCAGAAUGGUUCUGUAAUGGCCAUUUAACACUAAAUCUAGCAUGCUCGUCAUUUUGACUGGUUUCACAUUUUUUAUAUUGAGACUGUUAACAUUAUAAAGAUUCUCUUAUAGAAAAUGAUUGAGUAAACUUCUCAAUCCAUGCACACUUUGUAAUAAAAAUAGCGGAAUAUCCAAAUAAAUUUAGUCUUGUCAUUCUUAUAGUA